CCACUGUCCCCAAAGCCAUGGCCAAUUCCCUGUGGGACACCAGGACCAUUUCCUAUGCAGGUUGUGCUACUCAGGUCUUCAUGUUUGUUGCCUUUAUCACAGCAGAGUUUUAUCUUCUCACCUUCAUGGCCUAUGACCGCUACGUUGCCAUCUGCAGACCCCUGCACUAUGGGACAAUAAUGACCAGCAGAACUUGUGUCACCAUGGCAGCAGCUGCAUGGGGUGCUGGUGUUCUCAGUACUGUUCUGCACACUGCCAAUACAUUUUCCCUCCCCCUCUGCCAAGGCAAUGCCCUGGACCAGUUCUUCUGUGAAAUUCCCCAGAUCCUCAAGCUCUCCUGCUCAGAUGCCUACCUCAGAGAAGUCCAUUUCAUCAUCUUUUGCUUUUGUUCAGGUACAGCAUGUAUUGCUUUCAUUGUUCUGUCCUAUGUGCAGAUCUUCAGGGCUGUGCUGAGGAUUCCCUUGGAGCAGGGACGACACAAAGCCUUUUCCAUGUGCCUCCCUCACCUUGCUGUGGUCUCUGUGUUCAGCAGCACCAUCAUGUUUGCCUACCUGAUGCCCUCCUCAGUCUCUUCCUCAUUUCUGAACCUUUUGCUGGAAGUUCUGUACUCAGUGGUACCUCCUAUAGUGAACCCCCUAAUCUACAGUAUGAGGAACAAGGAGCUCAACGGUGCACUUAGGAAAUUGAUGAUAUCGAUGUUUUUCAGUACUCUUAAAGUUCCCUGCCCAGUCUAUAAAUGA